GUUGGAAGUUUCUUCCAGAAAUGAUAUAAAGGACCACCCGUUUUUUGUGUCUGAAGAAUGUUUGACUUGCGCAUGUAAACUGCUCGGAUUAAGUUACAGGACUGCUCUGUACUACUUUUCAUUUUUAUAACAUGGGAGAGAUCGGGCAUCCAUGGAUUUACAAACCAUCGUCAUCAAUGGUUGUCAUUUUGCUAUCAAUUACAUGUGUGAUGCAAUGUUCAGAGAAUCCAGCAACUAUUGAAAACGUUUAUCCACGCGGCAACCACUGGGCAGUAGGGCACUUGAUGGGUAAGAAGAGCUUAGACAGCCUCUCUGGAGCAGAGGAGCGUGCUCAGGCCAGUGACCAUGUGCGUCUCCCAGAAGAAAACAAACGUCCAUCCAGGCUGUAUGGGUCCUUACUGCUUGGACGGGAGGCCCAGAGACAACCCCCCGUCAGACUGGCUCUGUUCCGGAGCAGGCAGCAGGAACAACAAAAGAGAGACAUGUUUAUCCAACAGUUGGAAAGCCUUCUGCUCCAGGUUCUGAACACAAAGGAGAACAGCGCCAGCUGAAGAAUGCUCCCUCAUACAACCACACAGAGACUGCUUAACAUCCACACACUCUCUGUCCUACAUCUAUGGCGACUCAUUAGAGCGGUUCACGAUUUGAAUGACACCCGUGUAUUUGAUAUACUCUUAGUAAUCCAUUUCAAGGGUAAACAUAUCACUGCUUGUCAAAUAUGGUUAAGAUAUUUUCAAUUGUUACAAUAUAUUUGUGCCAUCUUAAUUUUUUGUGAUAUUUUAAUGGUGUCACCACAUACACACCAACCAUGUUGUGUUUAGAGCUAUUA